CCGAGUAGUGUCUCCAUCGCAUCGAUCUCUCGCCGGCGUCGUCUCCAUCGCCGGAGACGUUUCCAAAGCCGGCGUCGUUUCUUUCGCCUGCGUCUCCUCCCUCCGACGCUGUCUCCAUCUUUGUAAUCGUAGGGGAAAUAUGGUUCCAUGGUUUUUGCUGAUCGAUCUUGUGCGUAUGUUUACACAAGCUGGUUUCUCUGAAUACAUAAUCUUUAAAGAGUAUGAACGAAGAAGGCCACGUCUCUCACCUUUCUGAGCUUCAAGUCUAAUUUUGUGACUGGAGUGUCUAUGGCGGAACCGAAGCAUAGGGUUUUAAUGGUCUCUGAUUUCUUCUUCCCAAACUUUGGUGGUGUGGAGAAUCACAUCUAUUACCUCUCUCAAUGCUUGUUAAAGCUCGGACACAAGGUGGUGGUUAUGACACAUGCAUACGGGAACCGUUCUGGAGUUCGAUACAUGACUGGUGGACUCAAAGUCUAUUACGUGCCUUGGAGGCCAUUUGUUAUGCAGACCACGUUUCCGACGGUUUAUGGAACACUUCCCAUUGUACGGACCAUACUUAGACGCGAGAAGAUAACGGUAGUUCACGGUCAUCAAGCUUUCUCUACGCUCUGUCAUGAAGCUCUGAUGCAUGCCCGGACAAUGGGCUACAAAGUUGUGUUCACAGAUCAUUCUUUGUACGGUUUCGCUGAUGUUGGGAGCAUCCACAUGAACAAGGUCUUACAGUUCAGUUUAGCAGAUAUAGACCAAGCUAUAUGCGUUUCACACACGAGCAAGGAGAACACUGUUCUGCGGUCUGGUUUGUCCCCAGCAAAGGUUUUCAUGAUACCAAAUGCUGUCGAUACCGCUAUGUUCAAGCCCGCUUCUGUUCGACCCAGUACUGAGGUCAUCACCAUAGUUGUCAUAAGUAGAUUGGUUUAUCGGAAAGGUGCGGAUUUGCUCGUUGAAGUCAUUCCAGAAGUAUGCCGUUUAUACCCCAAUGUUCGUUUUGUUGUUGGAGGGGAUGGACCAAAACAUGUGCGACUAGAGGAAAUGAGAGAGAAGCAUUCUCUCCAAGAUAGAGUCGAAAUGUUGGGUGCAGUGCCACAUUCUCGCGUGCGCUCUGUUUUGGUCACCGGUCAUAUCUUCUUAAACAGUUCUUUGACAGAAGCUUUCUGCAUAGCUAUAUUAGAGGCGGCUAGUUGCGGAUUAUUAACUGUCAGCACUCGUGUUGGAGGUGUCCCUGAGGUCUUGCCUGAUGACAUGGUUGUACUCGCUGAACCUGAUCCAGAUGAUAUGGUACGAGCAAUCGAGAAGGCAAUAUCAAUACUCCCAAGUAUUAACCCUGAGGAGAUGCACAAUCGAAUGAAGAAGCUUUACAGUUGGCAAGAUGUGGCCAAAAGAACCGAGAUUGUGUAUGAUCGUGCCUUGAAGUGUUCAAAUAGGAAUCUUCUUGAACGUUUAUCGCGGUUCCUCUCGUGUGGAGCUUGGGCAGGGAAGCUAUUCUGUAUGGUUAUGAUCGUUGAUUACUUGCUUUGGCGGUUACUUCAGUUACUGCAGCCUGAUAACGAUAUCGAGGAGGCACCUGAUGUUCUUCUUCACCAUCAUGGAGAGAAGAGACACUGAGUCUUCAUCAACAGUCUCUACUCUUCGCUUGUGUAACUCGCUUGUGUAAUCAGGAUUGUCUCUUGUCAGAGUCGUGCUUACGUUCAAAUUAUAUAAAAUAUGGGCUUACGGUUUCAAUUUUUUAAGAAAAACUUAGGAACCUUUUCU